AUUUGCAAGCUACAUUAAUACAAAAAAACAGUUAAUGAAUUGUUUUAAUUAGACUUUCUUUGGUUUUAAGAGGACGUUUGAACUGGACUUUUUUCCACCUUUUUACUCCUGAGACAUUUCAUUUGCAGGUAAGAUAAGAUAAACCUUUAUUCGUCCCACAAUGGGGAAAUUCAGGCAUGUAGUUUAUCAACUUCAAUGUUGAUUGAUUUAACAUUUUCAAAACCUACAUAUAUCCAGGGCAAAAUCUGUACACAAAAUAUCCACAAUAUAAAAAGGAAAAGGUAAAAAGUCUAUGCUUGGAUGAAAUGUGUUUAAGACGGGUCAUGCCAUUGUUACUGACUGAAUUAUGCUGUUUGAUUGCAUUAGUUUGUCAAGAUUAACUUAAAAGCAAGGUUGUGCUGCAUGUACUGAACUGGGAGAGAAACAUCUUUAAACCACUGCCUAUUACAAACAUUUGGAAAAUGUAAACACAAUUACUAUAUGUCAUUGCUACAAUAUUACUUUAUUGGUAAGCAUUCCUAGAUAUAAAAUGAAAGUUUCACAAAUAAUUUUCAAAUUAUAGACAAGUGCAAUAAUGUAACUAAACGCAAAGGGUGCAUCAAAGUGCAGAACAUUAUUACCUGAAUCAUUUUGCAAAACACCAUCUUCACACCUUUGGGACUGAAACUGCACUCAAUAGUCUAUUUGUUACACUCAACCCACAGGCUUUUGGGGGAUAUUUUCUGAUCCUUGUCUUAGAUGCAUCUUUUUAGAUCGUUUUUAGGGCAUCUGAAUGUGCUGUGGUGUUUAUUGUCAAAGGUCUGAUAAUAAUCAAAUCAGCGAAGAAUCAGACAGAGGUACGUAUAUACGCCUUCAUGUGCUCCCACAUGUUCCUUCAGAUGGCAUUAAUUCAAAGAGAAAAUGGGUCAUGAAUUGAUAACAUCAAUUCUCAAACUUUCUCUUAGAGAAGAAGACUUUGCCUUCAGGCAUACAUACCUCUGAAGUGGCUUGACUGACUAGCCACUGAAAAACUUUUUCUUUUUAAAUAGUCAGAAAGCUUUGGAAACUGAAUUUGGUUUUUCUUUGCUCGAAAUACAUUUAUUUUUUCUUCCACAGGGCAAAAACCAUGACCUUCAGUGAUGAAGAUUAUGAUUACAAUGACAUAAUUUACAAUUACACCGACAAUGAUACGGCGCCUCCUUGUCAGCUGUACGUCAAAAAGUCAAUGGAAAUCAUAAUACAAACCUACGUCCAUUCCUUCAUAUGCGUUUUUGGCCUGUUGGGCAAUGUGUUGGUGAUUGUCACAUAUGCCUACUACAAGCAGGCCAAGACUAUGACGGAUGUGUACCUCCUAAACGUGGCCUUUGCCGAUCUGCUUUUUGUUCUUACCCUCCCGCUCAUCAUACACAACGAGAGGAAUGCCUGGAGCAUGGGCCACCUGGUCUGUAAGAUGGCGGGAGGCGCAUACAGCAUCAACCUCUACAGCAGCAUGCUCCUGCUAGCCUGCAUCAGCUGUGACCGCUACAUUGCGAUCGUCCAGGCAAGGCGCUUCUUCGGCAUUCGCUCUCGGUUACAGACCUACAGCCGUCUCAUCUGCCUGGCCGUCUGGGCGUUGGCCGUGACGUUGACCAUCCCGUCGGUUUACUACAGUAAGCUGACUGAAAACAAUCUUCCGGGGGACACCUCGACAGAGUGCCAGAUGCAGAUUGAUGACACUAAGACCGCCGUGCUGAUGAAAGUGCUGGUGCCUAGUCUGCAGGUGUCCAUCGGUUUCCUUUUGCCUCUCGUGGUCAUGUUGAUCUCGUACUCCAGCACUGCCUGGACCUUGCUGCGGGCACAGAAUGCCCAGAGACAAAAGGCGCUAACUGUGGUCCUGACUGUGGUGGUGGUUUUCAUUCUGUGCCACUUGCCCUACAAUGUGGCUCUUCUGUUCCACACGGUAGGGUUGUUUAAGGUACGGGGGUGUGAGGAAGAACAGGUGAAGAUCACCACUCUGAGCAUCACCAGGAGUCUGGCCUAUCUGCACUGCUGCCUUAAUCCCUUCCUCUACGCCUUCAUCGGGGUGAAGUUCCGAAGCCACCUCCGCAAGAUUCUGGAAGACAUGUGGUGCCUGGGGAAGAAGUACAUCUACUCAGGUCAAUCCUCCACUCAGAUAUCAGACCUCUACAUCUUAGGGCGCAGAUCUGCAGAGGGGUCCAACAACGACAAUGGAUCGUCAUUCAACAUGUGAGAAAGGAAUAGAGACUUGGCGGUCAAGUGAAUUCAAUACAGGAUAUUAGGCUGAAGCUGCCCAAAGAAUUGGAGGACAUUUGGUUUGAAUUUCAAAUGUCAAAUACAUAAUGGGGAGUCAGUGGAUAUUUGUCACCUAUUUGGAAACCAAGGAAGCUGCAGCUGAUAAACAUAGUUUAGUCCAUGCCAUUUGGUUAAAAUCCCUAUCCUGAAGUAAAAAUGUGGUAUCUAAUGAUAAUAUGCAAUGAUAGCAGGUUUCAACUGACACAGUUGUAUUGUAUUUUUUUAAAGUUGGCAAACCCAUCUAAAAGGGGGAAAAAAUAAAUCAGUCAAGAAUGUAUGUAUUGUACAGCAAAUCUAUAUACGUGCAUUUCAGAGGAUGUUUGUUGUCAGUUCAAUUGAUCAAUUAACUUGUAUUAUGCUAAUUUUAGUGUAUUAGACGCACUUGUUCCGGGAGUACAACGGUACUUAGGAAUGAUUGGCUGGACCUGAUGUUAGUUUCCUCCAGGAUCACAAUGUCUCUUAUUGAGAGACUUGUUGGUUUGUUGUAACUGUCUUAAAAUUAUUGUACUCGCCGUGAAAUAUAUUAUUGUUGCUUGCUUUUUUCCACAGGUACACUCUUGCACUUUUGAGGUUCUUGCUGUUUAAUUGUAACUUGUCUUACUACAUGCUCUUAUUGUUCUUCCCUUUGGGACUUAUUUGGUUUUCACAAUGUAUGCUUCAUGUUUGGCUACCCGCAAUGUUUGGGGCUAUCUCGUUAUGAUCAGUGACCUAUGCACUUUUGUAAAACUCUCUCUUGGAAGUCGCUUUGGAUAAAAGCGUCUGCUAAAUGCAUAAAUGUAAAAUGUAAUGUAAAUGUAUUAUCUUGAAAUUUGGUGAAUCCUUCAGCAUUUUUCUGAUUUGUAAUCGUUUACUGUUAUACUCUUCAUUUUAAUCCAUUAAGAUGUUACACUGUUUUUCCAUCAUGUAUUGUGUAGUCAACCAUUUUCUUUUUCUUAAUGAUAAACAUUUUGGU